AGACACGUCACUAAUACAUACAGUCCUUGGCUCAUCAGGCUGUUCAAGAGAAGCGGAAGAUUCAGAGAGGAAGUGGAAGAUCAUCGUGCUUUUGCCAGAAUUGUAGCUGAUCAUUCACAAUGGUUAGCGAGUAUCCACAACGUCGGCACGGUUGCUGGAAGGAAUGCGGUAUCCUUUGUGGAAUUCUGGUAGUCGGUUUGGCAGUAGCUCUAGCUGUUGUUCUGGUCCUUUCACACAAAGAACUGGAGGAAAAAGCCAUCCCACAUUGUGCCUCUGGUGAUGAAAACAUAGACAUCAGCGAACAGGACAACCCGAGGGUGUUUUCAGACCUAACAACUGCAGAACUGCGCUCCGUGAUGUCUUAUCUCCACCAGCAAAACGAACUACACCUUGCGAAAGCAACGUUGGCAGGAAUGAACACAAGUUUUAUAUAUCUUGUGGAGUUAAACAUCCCAAACAAAACAGUUACGCUAAAUCAUCUGGAUAAGAAAGGGGAAGCCCCAGAGCGCCGUGCAAAGGUAGUAAUAUUCCGAAGAGAUUUAGCUGUGCCCUGUAUUCAAGAAUACGAGGUGGGCCCUCUGCCGAUUCCAACAUUUCACAGCAUCAUGUACAAAAACGGAAAGGGCUGUGUGCCUUUUGCUUAUAGGCCAAUCACGUUUGUAGAAUUUGGUGCUGUGUAUGAGAAUAUAUUCAUAGGAGAAGUAGAAAAAAAAGGGAGGCAACUUUUGCUGGAAAGUUUUGAUGCUACAUUCACGAAUUGUGGAAAGAAAUGUUUGACAUUUUAUCCGACCACUGUGUCAACGUCAAACUUCGGCAAAGUGACAAGAAAUUUUUGGUUUUCUAUCAACCAACAUGCUGGUUAUCACCUUCUACAUCCGUUAGAUUUCAAGAUAAUGGUUAACUUAGACAGCAAGGAUUCUUCAGGGUACAAACUAGUAAGAGUGUGGUACAACCAAAGAUUGUUCGAUAGCAUGGAUGAACUUGUGUCAGCGUAUAACAAUAACGACGUCAAAAAACUCAAGGUUACUUUUCCGGAAGCUGGUGACUUUUCCAGUUUGCAUCAACGUGGCAAGUCUUUUCCCACAAAGUCUCUGCGAAGUCCAAUUCAGGUUGAGCCGGAUGGAAAGCGUUAUACGAUCAAAGGACAACAUGUUGAGUAUAUGGGCUGGGCGUUUGAAUAUCGUAUGUCUACUACAACAGGUCCAAUGUUGUUUGAUGUAAGGUAUCAAGGGGAGAGAAUUGCGUACGAAAUUAGUCUGCAGGAAAUAGCAGUUUUUUACUCGGGCAGUAAUCCCGCACAAAGGUUUGCGGAUUACGUGGACAGUAUGGCUCGUCUUGGCAUUGCAUCUAGGGCUUUAGUGCCCGGAACGGAUUGUCCAGAGCACUCCGUUUUCAUUCCCUCUAGACACCUCACAGAAGACUCCACCGAACCGGUAGUAUAUGAAAAUGCCUUUUGCAUAUUUGAGCAAGCUACAGGCGUGCCUUUGCGAAGACAUCAUUCAUAUAUGAAACACCAUGGAUCAUUCUACGGAGGAAUGAUGGAUGAUGUCCUUAUCAUGAGAUCCAUUAUAACUGUUGCAAAUUACGACUACAUUUUCGACUUCAUAUUUCACCAGAAUGGAGCUGUUGAGGUCAAAGCUAUAUCAACGGGUUACAUCGUGUCCAGUGCUUUUUCCCCAUCGGAAAAUAAGUAUGGCUUCCAAAUUCACGACAACAUAGUUGGCAAUGUUCAUCAUCACCUAUUUAACUUUAAAGUGGAUGUUGAUAUACUGGGCACCUCAAACAGAUUUGAAACUUUGGAUUUCAAAAUAGAAUCGGCACCAAAUGACGAAUUUUCAACAUUAAAGUCUGCCCAGACAUACGAACAAGUUUAUUUUCAGAGUAAUGUGCGAACUACAGAAAAGACAGCUGCAUAUAAAUUUAACUUUGAUCAACCAAAAUAUAUGCUGUUUAACAACGACAAGUUCAAAACCAAACAUGGUGUACCUAGAUCGUACCGAAUUACGAUUGGUGGUAUGUCCAAACAAACUCUAUCGGAAAAUCGUGGACACGAAAGUUCCAUUACCUGGGCCAGAUACCAGAUGGCGGUUACCAAGUACAAAGACGUAGAGAAGCAGAGCAGUUCUCUGUUUGCUGCCUGGGACGCCCACGAUCCUGUAGUUCGCUUCCAAGACUUCCUUGAUGACGAUGAGUCCAUCGUAGACGAGGAUCUUGUAGCCUGGAUAACGAUGGGCAUCCAUCACAUUCCUCAUACUGAGGAUCUACCCAUUACAACUACGCCGGGGGCACAUCUACAGUUCUUCCUGCUCCCCUACAACUACUUCACAGAAGACCCAUCAAUGGGCUCCAAAAACGCUGUUUACAUGGAGUUGAAACAGGCCUCGGACAAUUCACCUCCUACAGUGGAGAUUGAGCGUUAUGGAUAUGGUGGAGAACCUCGAUGUGUUCAACAAAACUAUAACGUUCAUCAAAAAAUUAAAGACGAUCCUGCAUCAAUGUUUGAAUUGUAAAGACGAUUUAUGCAUAGAAAAUGACGAUAAAGAAUGUGGAACCUUUCUGGCCUAAGCUGUGCACAUGUAGUUUUCUUCUAGUUUCGAUGGCAUAUUGUGAGCAAACCGUUGAUGUAUUUUUUAUAUAUUGUAAGACGACAAUGGCCAUUGGGCGUUAGACCUGAGCACCGACUGUGCGGGAAAAGGUGUGGCGUGAACAAAUGGGCCGAUAACCCAGAUUUGUAGAAACUGGAAUGAUUCGCACAUCCACACGUCAAUGAUUUCGGUUUUCAUGUGUCAUGCCAGUCGGGAUAUCAGAGAAAAAGUAACGAUACACUUAUACAGUAUUACAUGUAGCUAUGUGCUUCUGGUUGCCCUCAUUUUCCAGCCUGCCACCACUUAUCUGGUCAGACAAUGUAUAACUGAGUUGAGUAUUUUGAAAAUAUCAUUAGUGGAGCUUAUAUUUUAUUAAGCGGUUUUCGUAUUGCAGGAUAUUAACUUAUGUUAAUUAAAUUUAUAAGAAUAGUUUCAGACCAGGCUAGUUAUGCUGGAAAUUCUCAUCGAAUCUAUAGUGGCUUCAGUAACAAGUUUUAAUUGUUGCAUGGCUUUCCUUAAGAAACUCUAAGGUUCCAAUGACAGAAACGGAAGCAAUAUCAAGUUAGCCAAUCAGAUGGCAGAAUACCCUCACGCCACUAAUUUGGGUGUGCUCAUCAGUUACACAGGGGUCAUUGAUGGAAUACAGUAUUACGUCCAGACAUUGAGGACUUCAGAGUCCAGCUAUCCGGAAAUGGCCAUCCUCAUAAAUUUGUAUUUGUGCUUUGCUUAGUGUACUAUUACUGGUUAGCACAAAAACCACAAAAAGUGUGUAUACAGAAGCUUUAAAUGUUUCCAUUUUUUCAGAGUUGAUAUGGGUUAGCAGCUUUGUUUUCUUUUAACGUAGACAAGAAGGACACCUUGCAGGUAGACAGGAAAUCGUCCCACUUGCAGAAGUGAGGUGUAUUUUCGUACAUCCAGAAAAACAAAUAAAACUUGUUUGAAUAUGAAGUACAAUUAAUGAAGAGCAGGUGUGUAAAAAAUUGGAGUCAUGUCAUUUAUUUCAGAAAAGCAGAUUUUCCUAUUUUCAGUUGUUUUCAUGUGUGAAUUCCUUUCAUAACAAAAAUACAAACCAAAAUCAUUUCCACAUAUCUGAUAUCAAGGUAGGGCGUAGUAAUCUAUAACGAUGUGGGUUCACGCAAUCAUAUCUUUAUAAAUCGAGAAAAAAAAUUAUUUUGAAGUUCAGAGGAACUCUACAGUCGCCAUAAUAUUUAUGGCUUUUCACGCAUUGUCCGCAUUGGUCCAGUGGUAAACCGUUAUAUCGAAUCCGAAAACGAGUUCGACUCCUAUAAUUGCAAGCCAUAUGUUGAAGAAGUUAAUACAGUAUUCUUUCAAUGAAUGCUCAACGCUAUUUACUUCAACUAACAGCAUAUCCUACAAUUGCAUUGAGAAAAGGGGCACCUGUUUAUCAGCUAGCUUCAUAAUAAAUGUAUAUGAAAAUAUAUAUUCACGGUACAGUUCGUAAGAGGAAAACUUGUUUCAGUUACCAACAUUAGACGGGAAAGGAAAAUAUCCUAUGCAUUUAACUUCAUACAGAAGGCUGAUGGUUAGUAACGAAUAUUUUACCUUGGCAUAUUUCAUUGACUACACCCGUUACACAACAACUUCAACCGAUCAGUCACUGUGAGCAGGUUGGCAAUCGAUGAUUUCCCAUCUAGUUUCAAGUAAAGGUGUUUAAACCAAAUAAUUAUUGAUUUCAUUGAGCCCAUAGAUUUAUGUCGAGUUAUAGAUUACAUAGGAAUCAGUUUUGUUCCGUAUAUUGUGAUUGGCACUCUUUUCUGUCGAUCAUUUUGAUAGGACUAGUUGUUGAAAAAGCUGUCGCCGGUGACCAAAAGCUGACGACAGUAUAAAGAUUACUUAUUUUUAGCCCGUAACAAGCUUUCUGUAUUGUUAAAGUUGCCCGGUAGAGCAAUUAGAAUCAUUAAUCAUGCAUCUGAAAUGGGAAAGCGCGACUCUUAACCACGAGGACGACAAUCCAGGCGGAAGAUCAAUCUCGGCCUUCAGCAGGGAAUUUGUAGAUUUCACCGCUUUCUUUGUUCGUGGGCCUUGACAACCACGAGCGAUGGACAACUAUUAUAACACAAGAAAUCCAUAAAUUUGAAUCGCACAAUCUUGCAUUUGAUUGAUCAGAUACUGAUGUA